AUGCUGUUCUUCAAACAGAUCGUGACCCUCAUGGGCAAGAAUCUUCGGAUUCUCUUGUUCCGGCAUCUGGCGUUAUGUAUCUGGAUGGCAUUCAUCCUGCCCAUCUUUUUAGCUGCGCUGUUCAGCUUCACAAAGAACCUCUUGAUCCCGCCAGCAGUAUUCGGUAUAGGCCAGCCCGCUUCGGUUAUGAGCCUUAGCGAUGCCAUUGGAAAAGCAAGCAACAACGGAAGGCAGAAACUAGUUCUUAUCAACAACAACCUUAGCGGAGGAGAUAUCGACCAAGUAUUCGACUCUGUGCGACGAAAAUUCGACGACGCCGCCAAAUCUGCCGAGGUCGACUUUGAGAUUGUCCGAGCUAAAGACGAAGACGAAUUGACUGGCAAUUGCCCUAGUAAUCUACGAGGUGUUUCAAGAUGCUUCGGUGCCAUUGUCAUGACCUCGUCGCCUGAUGAAGGAACCGGGGGCAUCUGGAAUUAUACCAUCCGUGAUGAUGGAGCUUUUGGACUUGCGCCUGUCAAGUUUAACAUCGACAAGACAAAUGAUCAACAAGUCUACAUUAUACCGCUUCAACACGCCGUCGAUGCAGCUAUUGCCGGUUUGAAUGGCUCGAGUAGUAGCCUCGACAAGGUCCAAGAAUACCCCUACACCAGUUUGACACCCAAGGAACGCGAUAGGGAGAUCCGUAAGCGAUUCCAGAAGACAAUCAAAGGCUGGAUGGGUGUCGCCUUUCUGGGUACCGUCGUUUGGGUCACAUAUCACCUCACAGGCUUUGUUGCUACGGAACGCGAGAGUGGUAUGUCGACACUGAUUGAUGCCAUGAUGCCAGUUCGAAAACCCUGGCUCGCCAUGGUUGCAAGAAUCAUUGCUCAUCACCUCUCCUUUUCCCUCGUCUAUCUACCGGCCUGGAUCCUCGGUUCUAUCAUUGUACGCGGCGGUGUCUUUGCCAAGACCAGCAUUGGUAUUGUCCUCAUAUUCCACGUCCUGACCGGCCUCGCCUUUUCGUCUAUAUCUUUGUUAUUCGCUUCCUUCUUCAGAAAGGCCCAAUUAAGUGGUAUCACCGCUAUCUUGGCCGUUGGAUUGCUCGGCAUUCUCUCACAAACCCUCACCUCCCCCGGUACUGUUCCCGUCACCGUACUUUCAGUUUUCUUUACUCCCUGUGCUUUUGUCUUCUUCAUAAGUAAUAUGGCUCGUUUCGAGGAGCUCGAAAUGCCGACCGAUCUUUUGAAAGUGGCCCCAAACAGCCCCUCAGCACUCCCUGGCAUUGCUAUUUGGGUAUUCCUAAUCAUUCAGAUCUUUGCUUAUCCUUUGAUUGGGGCUUUUGUCGAACAUGCUCUGUAUAGCAAUGACACCCCAGGCCGAAAGAUGCUGCUUAAGGACUCCGACGUAAACCGGAUCGGGAGCAACGCAGUGCAACUACGACAAUUCUCAAAAACUUACCGACCUAAUCUUUUCUCACGCAUAUUCCGCCGAGGAGCCAACAAAAAGCCAUCUGUCCAUGCUGUCAAUGGGCUGGAUCUUGACAUUGGACAAGGCCAAAUUGUUGCCCUCCUGGGUGCGAACGGAAGUGGAAAGAGUACAACACUUGAUGCAAUUGCGGGCAUGAACAAGUUGACUAGUGGAUCAAUUGAGAUUGAUGGAAGAGGCGGUCUCGGAAUUGCUCCUCAGAAAAAUGUCCUAUGGGAUGAUUUAACGGUGGAAGAGCAUAUUCGAAUAUUCAACCACCUCAAAGCACCCAACGCCCGGGCUACAUCUGAAGAUAUCGAAGAACUGAUCAGAUCAGUCGAUCUGUACAAGAAGCGAAAGGCUUUCGCCAAGACACUCUCAGGUGGACAAAAGCGCAAACUACAACUUGGACUCAUGUUGACAGGAGGAAGUUCUGUAUGCUGUGUUGACGAAGUCAGCAGUGGUAUUGACCCUUUGUCGAGACGAAAACUCUGGGAUAUUAUUUUGGCCGAGCGUGGCAGAAGAACCAUGAUCUUGACCACUCACUUUCUAGAUGAAGCCGAUCUUCUUGCCGACCACAUUGCUAUCUUAUCCAAGGGCACCCUCCGCGCUGAAGGCUCUUCAGUGGCACUGAAGGAUAACCUCGGUGGUGGUUACAGGGUUCAUGUCCCUAAAGAUACUGGCAUUCGUGAAACUCCCGAUAUCGACCACGUCGUGAAGAAAGAUGCCUUUGACCUUGUUACAUAUACCGCACCAACAUCACAGCUUGCAGCUGUCGUCAUCAAAAACCUAGAAACUGCCGGUAUUACUGAAUAUCGCUUUUCAGGGCCUACCAUCGAAGAUGUUUUCUUGCAGGUUGCUGAGGAGAUUAAGGACGAAGAGGCCUUCCGUAACGGAAAUCAGCCUUUGUCCGUCCCUUCUACGGAGAAAGAUUCGUCGUCAAAAGAAAACAGUAGUGAAAAGCAAGGACUCGAGCUCACCAACGGACAGCGAGUCGGAUACGUCAAGCAGACCGUGAUUCUGUUCCGCAAACGCCUGACUAUUCUCAAGCGAAACCGACUGCUAUAUCUGUUUGCCUUUCUUCUGCCCAUCUUUGCCGCUGGAUUGACGUCUCUUUUUGUUGCAAAUGAAAGCAUGCCUAGUUGCCAGCCGGCAGACCAGUCCUCUCGAACCACCUCCAGGGAGAAUGCAUUUAGCCAACAGGAUUCCGACAAGGGAUUGUUCUUCUUAGCCGGACCUACAUCAAAACUGCAACAGAACAUGACAAGUCUCCUUGCUCCCCUCUUUAGUGGAUCAGGCGCAAGCUCGAACGAUGUCAGCAGUUUCCUAGAAAGAAUCAAGACUGCUGAGACUUUCCAAGAGUUUAAGGACAUCAUUAAGAACAACCGCAAAUCCAUUACUACCGGUUUCUGGCUUGGCGAUAACGAGCAAGAUCCGACAUUUGCCUGGGUAGCCAAUCUCUUCAUUACGAGUCCCAUCUUGGCACAGCAGAUUCUCGAUGUUUUGUUGACCAACACCCCUAUUGCAACAUCAUGGAGCCCUUUGGAAAUCCCUAUUAGCGACACUACUGGCGACUCCUUACAAAUGAUUGUAUACAUGUCUAUCGCUCUAUCAGCCUACCCAGCCUUCUUCGCCCUUUAUCCCAGCAACGAGCGGCGCAGGUUCGUCCGUGGUCUACAGUAUUCGAAUGGUGUUCGGCCAUUUCCACUUUGGAUAGCCUAUCUCCUGUUUGAUCUUGUUUUCGUCCUGGUUAGCACAGCUAUUAUGACGGCGAUCUGGGCAGGCGUCUCUAACAUCUGGUUCCACUUGGGCUACGUGUUUCUGAUCCUCUUCCUUUAUGGAAUUGCUUCAACUCUUUUCUCUUACCUCAUUUCUCUUGUCACCAAAACUCAACUGGGGACUUACGCUUGGGCAGCGGCGAGCCAAACUCUCAUCUUUGUCGUUUACAUCAUAGCAUAUAUGUCCGUGUUGACAUACACGCCUAUAACAAAGGUCGAUAGGUCACUGCGUCUUGUUCACUUCAUCAUCUCUUUAUUCGCACCUAUUGGUUCGGCUCUGAAGGCCCUCUUCAUCGCUACGAAUCUCUUUUCGACAGCUUGUGAUGGCACUGAGGUUACGAAAAACCCCGGCGGUAUUUUGUUCUACGGAGGACCUAUUCUAUACCUUAUCCUCCAGUCACUAAUACUCUUUGGUCUCCUAAUUUGGCUUGAUACUGGAUCCGCUGGAGCCUCACUAAGAGGCCUGUUCCAAGGAAGGAAGAAGGUCGAAUCCGACGAAGAGCAUGUUGAUGAUGACAUAACUGACGAGCGCAACCGGGUCACUGCCAAUGCAGAGAAUGAGCAUGGGCUUCGAGUCAUGAACUUGACAAAGAGCUUCCACGGCAACACGGCUGUCGACAACGUCACUUUUGGUAUUAAGCGCGGCGAGGUGUUUGCUCUCCUUGGUCCCAACGGCGCUGGAAAAUCUACGACGAUCUCUCUCAUUCGAGGCGAUAUCAAGCCUGAUCGAAAUGGUGGCGAUGUGCUGGUUGAGGACAUCUCGGUCAACAAGAAUCUUGCAACUGCCCGAGCAAACCUUGGUGUCUGUCCACAAUUCGACGCUAUGGAUCAGAUGACAGUACGUGAGCAUCUCGAAUUCUAUGCUAAGGUCAGAGGCGUCCAGGACAUAGAGCAUAAUGUGCGGGCUGUCAUGCAAGCAGUCGGACUCGAGUCUUUCGCCACUCGCAUGGCACAUGCUUUGUCUGGUGGAAACAAACGAAAGCUGAGCUUGGGCAUCGCCCUGAUGGGUAAUCCUACGGUUGUGCUUCUCGACGAGCCUUCGUCUGGCCUUGAUGCUGCCUCGAAGCGUGUUAUGUGGAAGACCUUGGAGGCUACGGUCCCUGGAAGGUCAAUCCUUCUCACAACACACAGCAUGGAGGAAGCUGAUGCACUCGCUGGUCGUGCUGGUAUCCUUGCUCGAAGGAUGCUUGCUCUAGGAACACCAGACAAUCUCCGCCAUCGCUUCGGCGACGCCUUACACGUUCAUCUCGUUUCAACUACCGCACCGCGCACUUCCCCUGAGGAGAUGAACCGGAUGAUCAACUGGAUCCGAGAGACUUUGCCUUCUGCCGAUGUCGAUGAGAAAACGUAUCACGGACAGAUCCGGUUCUCAGUCCGUGCCGGCCAAGUCCUUUCCGCAACAUCGAAUCUGGAUGGCCCGACCUCGAGAAGGCAAGAGGAAGAGAUAACAAGAGACGGAAAUGCUCUUAACCAGAGCGCCAUCGGUCAUCUCGUCGUGUUGUUAGAAGAGAACAAGGAGCAGCUAGGUGUCGGCCAUUACAGCGUUUGCCCAACGACCUUGGACCAGGUUUUCCUGACCAUCGUGGGACAACACAACGUGAAGGAAGAGAACUCUGAGGAAAAGAAGCAGAGUCCCUGGUCCAAGAUAUGGAAUUUUGGACGGUCCUAG